AGCAAUCUCAUCCAUCCACUAUCCACUCCUCCUCCUCCUCCACCACCCCGUUCCCCCGUCCUCCCCCCCAAUAUAUCGCCUCGCCAUGGCUCAUUGUGAGCGGGCCUCCAAGCCCCUGCUCCAAUGCCUGCAGAAGACCUACACGAAGGGUCUUCCGGGCCUCCAGCUGCAGUCGACCCGCGCCUUCCAGACCACCGCUCGGGCUCGCGAGGAAGCCCAGGCUGAGGCUGCCAGCGUCCCCUUCCACAAGGCCCCUGAUCCGUCCCUGGUAUCGAGUCCCCGGCUGGAACGGCGGUUAUUGCGACAGGGAAUCUCGCCCAUCGGAUCUCGUCGACGUCGAGUGGCCCUGCAGGACUCCCCCAACAUUCCCUUCGAGCAGCUGCCGUAUCAAUGUUUCCAGGACGCACGCAAGGUUCUGCUCCAGGACCGCGAGGAGAAGCUGCGUGACAUCACAGCCAUGAGUGAGAAGAUCGCCAGACUUCAGGCCACUCCCGUCGAGAAGGCUGGGGGGGAGCAGGUCAAGAAGUCCAAGCUCCGGGCCAUGGAACUCCACGUGGAACACCUCAAGAUCCUUGCGGAUUCCAACGACCCGCUGGUAAAGAAGACGUUCGAGGACGGCCAAGGUGACAUGAGCAAGCCCAUCUACCGCUUUCUGGCCGAUCGGAAAUGGAGAGAAUACCGCCGCAAGAUCCUCGUCCAAAGAAUCACACAAAUGAAGGUCAUUCCCGACGUCCUCCCUCACUGCGAUCCCAUCGUCGACACCAAGCUCUACUUCGGCCGCAGCCAGGUUCAACCUGGAGAAUUCGUCGACUCCAAGCUCAGCACAGCGGCCCCCAAGAUGGACGUGCAACUCUUCGAGGGCGGCGAGAAGCUCGUGACCAUCGCGGUGGUCGACUCCGAUGUUCCCAACGUGGAGACGGACGGAUUCGACUACAAGAUGCACUACCUGGCCGUCAACGUCCCCAUCUCGGCCACCUCCACCAAGGUUGACCUGGCCCAGCUUUCCGCUGAGGCGCAGGUCGUCCUCCCCUGGGUGCCUCCUGUCGCCCAGAAGGGCAGCCCCUACCACCGUCUGUCUGUCUUCAUCCUGGAGCAGAAGGACUCGCAGCCAUUGGACUUUGCUGCCGUCAAGGCGAAGGAGACGGAGCGCGACAACCUGCUGCUCCGCACCCUGCAGGCCCGGUACCACCUGAAGGCGAUCGGCGCACACCUGUUCCGCACCGAGUGGGACGCGUCGAUGUAUGAGGUUAUGAAGCAGGUCGGAUUCGCCGACGCGGACAUGGAGCUCCGCCGGAAGAAGAGCGAGCGUCUUCCUUACAAGCGCAGAAACCCGUCCACCUUCCGGUGAUCUGCCUGCCCCGUUAAGCAUCUUCCCUUUUUUUUCCCCGUUACAACAUUUCUUUGGACUUCCAUCUGUAUUGUACAAGAGAUAUGUAUGAAUAUGCACAAAUUCC